UCUCCUAAGAUGAGGCUGAGGUCUCUGGGGAAGGCAGAGUGUAGUCUAGAAGAAGAUGAGGCUGUUGGGUCUUCUCCUUUGCCUGGUGACGGCUCCCCAAGGUGUCCUGUCCCAGGUGCAGCUGAAGGAGUCGGGCCCAGGACAGGUGAAGCCCUCACAGACCCUCUCCCUCACCUGCACUGUCACUGGAGGCUCCAUCACAAGCAGGUAUUAUGGCUGGAGCUGGAUCCGCCAGACCCCAGGGAAGGGGCUGGAGUACAUUGGGAGCAUCACUUAUAGUGGUAGCACUUACUACAGCCCAUCCUUCAAGAGCCGCGCCUCCAUCUCCAGAGACACGUCCAAGAACCAGUUCUCCCUGCAGCUGAGCUCCGUGACCACAGAGGACACGGCCGUUUAUUACUGUGCAAGUGACACAGUGAGAGGAAGUCAGUGUCUCCACUCCCAGGUCCAGCUGGUGCAGUCUGGGGCUGAGGUGAGGAAGCCUGGAGCAUCAGUGAAGGUCUCCCUCAAGGCAUCUGGAUUCAUGUUCACUAGCCAUGCUACGCACUGGGAGAUGCAGGCCCUUGGACCGGGGCUUGAGUGGAUGUGUAAGGUCAACGUGUGCAGUGAUGGCACAAGCUACACACAGAAGUUCCAGGGCAGAAUCAACACAACCAGGGACACGUCCAUGAACACAGCCUACGUGGAGCUGAGCAUUCUGAGAUCUAAGGACACAGCCAUGUAUUAUUGUGUGAGACACAGUGUGAUAACCCACACCAGCAGUGUGUCAGAACCCUGA